GUUACGUAAGGGCGUGUCAACCGUGUUUUUGUUUGUCUCAAAAUUUUGUGUUUUCAGUCAUUUCUAGGAAUAAAUGGUAGGUCCAGUGUGUGCCUGUUGUUACGCUGAAUCUUACUGCAAUUUUCCUGUUGGUCCCAGAAGUUAGGGGAUUACGUAAUGUGUCGUAAUACGUGGCGCGCGCUUAACGUUGGGAAAUAGUGAUCACCCCCCAGCGCGCCAUGACAUACAUGUACAGGUACAUGUACACCAGUUUGGCGUGUAGAGUUGUGAUUCAACAUUGAUGUUCAAUCAGUUGGUAGCCUUCUCAAUUGGAAGCGACAUUCUAGCCGGUUUCGAGUGAUGAUCAGUUGUGAUUUUUCAUCACCGUCAAUGUGUGUACCUUCGGAGGCUUAGCUGUAAUACAGCAUGGCUUUGUUCGUGCAAACUACAAAUCCGCUGUGUUUCAAAGGACUAAGGUCCUUUGGUAGGUGGCCAACAGUCACCAUGUCAUCUAUCGAAAGCAGUCCUGACCAUGCGCGGGAUGUGCCCUGUAAACUAGAGCCACAGUCCCCGCCACACAGCGAUGACGAACCCACAAAUCUCGUGAUCAACAUCAAAGAGGAGCCAGCGGAUGAGGAAUACCGAGAGGAAUACCAUGACAAUAGGGAAAUCGUGGACGAAAUCAGCAAAGAUCAUCAGCAAAAUAACGGGGAACAUGUCGCAGAAACGGAAGCAGAGUAUUACAAAGAGAUCAACAUACCCCAAAUUGUUGUAGCCCCCAAACCGGAGAUCAACCAGACUAAGAUGGUGUUAUCGCCGUGUAUUUCAGUUCCUUUAGCCAAUGGAGGAUCUCUAAGACCCAUCAAAUCUGGUCGAGGUACAUGCAGGGAUCUCUCGAGCACCCCAACGCCACCGCCUAUAACCUCAACUCGCCUGGUACCGGUGAACAUCAAGGCAUCCGGGCCCAUACCGAUUGCUCUGACACUGAGCAAGCCAGAGGUAGAUACGAAGACUAAUACGUCAACAUUGGACAGCCAAGCACAGGCGCAUCACCUAAUGACGCUAGCAACAGAAGCAGACAAGAUACUGAAAAAGCAAGAGAAGCAACUGAGGAGGGAAGAGGGAAUGAGUUCUGACCAUACUGCCAAAGUAAAGCUUUGCAUCAGUGAGGAGGACAAUAUGUGUUCGUCGUCUGACUCCAGUGGUGCUGGUAUCGAUUCUUUCUUGAACACAAACGAUCAGACUCUUACACUAAUUCAGAGACGAGCUGCCGAAGCGUCGCUGUCUAGCACGAAGAAGACUAAGAGGAAACGAAGCCAACUGCCUGACGAUAUGAAGGACGAAACUUACUGGGAGAGACGGAGGAAGAAUAACGAAGCAGCCAAGAGAUCCAGAGAUGCCCGACGGGCUAAGGAAGACCAGAUUGCCAUCCGUGCUGCCUUGCUAGAACAAGAGAAUAUGAGACUUAGGAUUGAAGUAGCUGCACUCAAGGAAGAAACAGUCAGGUUGAAAGGCUUGCUGUAUGAGAAGUGAGGAGUUGACAUAACACCGCCUGUCCUUGCCCUAGUCACGUCUAUCUGGUUUAAAACCUUAUCACUGAAAACAUUUAAGCCUGUUUUUCUGUCAUACAGUCUCUAGAAUAAGUCGCCGAGGGUUUUCUAGACAUGAGCCCAUCGAAUGGCUGUCAUUUGUAGAAGGCCAAGCUGUUUGACAGUUUCUUCAGAACUGUUUCACAGACAAUCGUUUUAAUGGAUAAAAAGAUUCUAUUGCACUUGCUUGGCCUGAAAUUGGGUGCUGUUAACGCUGCUGCAUAUUUAUAAAGCUUCCGUUGGAGGUCUGGUUCCAUAAAUUUCAGUCGAAAAUAAUACGUCAUAUAGAAUGGACGAGGACUGAAGAUACGUGCAAAGAAUUGCACGAAUCUACAGUUCCAAGUUCUAUUCUCAGACUAACUAUUUCCCGCUGUUGCACGAACAUGGAGUCCCCGGUCUAUGACGCUCUCUCUCUCUGUUAACCCUUCGCUUGACUGCACACCCUUUGUUCCAUGACGCUCUCUCUCUCUGUUAACCCUUCGCUUGACUGCACACCCUUUGUUCCAUUUGUGCACGGGUUUGGGCUACGUGAAACACAGAGUAUUCGUGCAAUGAAAUAUACCAAGCAAGAUAUGGGACGGAGAGGUACCCCCUCCCUUACCUAUCCAAUCCCUAUACACUCUCUAGACUAUUGUUACC